AUGUCCUUGGUGGGCACUGGCAUUCCGAGUGCGGCGCCGAAUGCCGACGGCCUCAGCGCACAGACUGGGGGAGUGCCAACGCAUACAGGAGGUCCCACGUCGCGCCACGACGAGGUGCGCCAUGACGAGAUCGAAGCUACCACGUCAAAGCCGGCGUCCAGGACACGCAGCACUUCGUCAACCCAGGUGAGCGCCGAGAGCAUCGACAGGGCCAAGUCCCGGGGAGACUCGUCCAAAGAGGCCCAGGAUGAGGAAGAGAUCGAGACGGCCCGGCGCGAGUCCCUCGUGCAUGCGCUUGCUCGCAAGUACACAUCGCAGUCGCAGGCCAACGGGGCCGCGAACCCUUUCCUCGACGCGGGAGAAGACUCGCCUCUAAACCCUCACUCGCCCAACUUCAAGGCGCGCUCUUGGGCCAAGGCCGUCGUCGCUUUGUCCGAGGCCGAAGGCCACCAAAUGCGCACCACCGGUGUCUGCUUCCAGAACCUGAGCGUCCAUGGAUUCGGCAGCGCGACAGAUUAUCAGAAGGACGUCGGAAAUGUCUGGCUGGAGGCGGUGGGCAUGGCACGCAAGCUCAUGGGCACUGGCCAGAGAAAGAUCGACAUCUUGCGCAACUUCGACGGACUUGUCCGCAAGGGUGAGAUGCUGGUCGUCCUGGGCCCUCCUGGAUCCGGAUGCUCGACCUUCCUCAAGGCCAUUGCUGGCGAGCAUGCUGGUAUCUACAUUGAAGAAAACUCGUACUUCAACUACCAGGGCGUGGACGCAAAGGAAAUGCACACCAACCACCGAGGAGAGGCCAUCUAUACGGCCGAGGUGGACGUACACUUUCCCCAGCUGAGCGUCGGCGACACCCUGACUUUCGCUGCACGUGCACGUGCCCCACGUUCGCUGCCCGCGGGCGUCGACAAGGCAACCUACGCCACUCAUCUGCGGGAUGUGACCAUGGCCAUGUACGGUAUCUCGCACACUGUCAACACCCGCGUGGGCAACGAGUAUGUUCGUGGUGUUUCCGGAGGUGAACGCAAGCGUGUGACCAUCGCCGAGGCCACCCUGAGCCAGGCGCCGCUGCAAUGCUGGGAUAACAGUACACGAGGACUGGACAGUGCCAAUGCUGUCGAGUUCUGCAAGACCUUGAGGACGCAAACCGAGCUGUUCGGGAACACCGCCUGCGUCUCCAUCUACCAGUCGCCCCAGUCCGCCUACGACGUCUUCGACAAGGCGCUCGUCCUCUACGAGGGCCGACAGAUCUUCUUCGGCCGAGCCGACGAGGCGAAGCAGUACUUUAUCAACCUCGGCUUCGAGUGCCCCGCGCGUCAGACGACUCCUGAUUUCUUGACGUCCAUGACCAGUCCCCUCGAGCGCGUCAUACGCGACGGUUUCAAGGGCCGGGUUCCGCGAACGCCCGAUGAGUUUGCCGCGAGGUGGAAGGAGAGCCUCGAAUACCACGCACUACAGGUCGAGAUCGAAGAAUACAAGACGGAGCACCCGAUCAACGGCCCCGAUGCCGAAAUGUUCCGCGCAUCCAAGAGGCAGCAGCAGGCCAAGGCCCAGCGAGCCAAGUCUCCGUACACCCUGUCCUACUCGCAACAAAUCAGGCUCUGCCUCUGGCGCGGCUGGCUCAGACUCAAGGGUGACCCCAGUAUCACAAUUGGCGCUCUCAUUGGUAACUUCAUCAUGUCCCUCAUCGUCGGCAGUGUCUUCUACAACCUGCAAGAUACCACCGCGAGCUUUUUCCAACGUGGUGCUCUGAUCUUCUUUGCUUGUCUCUUGAACGCCUUCGCCAGUGCCCUGGAAAUCCUGACCCUGUACGCUCAACGACCUAUCGUCGAAAAGCAUAGCCGCUACGCUCUCUACCACCCCUCGGCCGAGGCCAUCUCGUCCAUGCUGUGCGAUCUGCCAUACAAGGUCGUGAACGCCAUUAUUUUCAACCUCUCGCUGUACUUCUUGACGAACCUGCGCCGCGAACCAGGUGCAUUCUUCUACUACCUGCUCAUCUCGUUCACCACCGUCUUGGUCAUGAGCAUGUUGUUCCGCACCAUUGCCUCGUUGUCCCGCACCCUCUCCCAGGCUCUGGUGCCCGCUGCAAUCCUCAUUCUGGAUCUCGUCAUCUUCACCGGUUUCGUCAUCCCGAUUGACUACAUGCUUUCCUGGUGUCGCUGGCUGAACUACCUGGACCCCCUUGCCUUUGCCUUCGAAUCCCUCAUGGUCAACGAGUUCGUCGGCCGUGAGUUCAUCUGCACCGCUGCCGAGUACGUUCCGAGCCCAGCGCUGGCCCCCAAGUACGCGACUGCUGCGACGGCAAACCGGGUGUGCACCGCGAAAGGCAGUGUGCCCGGGCAGACAUAUGUACAAGGGGAAGCUUACAUCAAUACUGCCUUCCAGUACUACGCAUCGCACAAGUGGCGAAACUUUGGCAUCCUUCUCGCAUUCACGAUCGGCUUGUUCGUCAUCUACAUGGUAGCUGCCGAGUAUGUGUCCGGGAAAAAGUCCAAAGGUGAAGUCUUGGUCUUCCGACGUGGCUACAAACCAGCACAGUUCAAGGAGAAAAAGGGCGACAUGGAAGAGGGCGAAGGCCCCAAGGUGGGACCUGUCGUCACAAACGCAAGUCGUGCCCACGCGCAGAACCGGGAAAGCGGUAUGCUCCAAGAGCAGACGAGCAUCUUCCACUGGAACGAUAUAUGCUACGACAUCAAGAUAAAGGGCCAACCGAGACGCAUUCUGGAUAACAUUGAUGGCUGGGUCAAGCCUGGUACAAUGACGGCCUUGAUGGGUGUCUCUGGCGCUGGUAAGACAACACUACUCGAUGCUCUAGCCAGUCGUAUCACCAUGGGUGUCAUCACCGGCGAGAUGCUUGUCGACGGUCAUGCGUGCGACAAGUCGUUCCAACGCAAGACCGGUUAUGUGCAACAACAAGAUCUGCACCUGUCCACUACCACCGUCCGCGAAGCUCUCAACUUCUCUGCUGUGCUCCGCCAACCUGCGGAUGUGCCGCGCGCUGAAAAGCUUGCUUAUGUGGACGAGGUGAUCAAGCUGCUGGAAAUGGAAGAGUACGCAGAUGCCGUGGUCGGUGUUCUCGGCGAGGGUCUCAACGUCGAACAGCGCAAGCGGCUUACCAUCGGUGUCGAGCUCGCUGCGAAGCCGCCUCUACUUCUUUUCGUCGACGAGCCUACCUCUGGUCUCGACUCGCAGACCUCAUGGGCUAUCCUUGAUCUUCUGGAGAAGUUGACCAAGAGUGGUCAGGCUGUCCUCUGCACCAUCCACCAGCCGUCCGCCAUGUUGUUCCAACGCUUCGACCGACUCCUCUUCCUUGCCAGGGGUGGAAAGACGGUCUACUUUGGCGACAUUGGAGAGAACUCCCACACGAUGACCAGCUACUUUGAACGUCACGGUGCCCCUGCUUGCCCGGCCGAUGCCAACCCUGCCGAAUGGAUGUUGAACGCCAUCGGCGCCGCCCCCGGUAGCUCGACCGACGUCGAUUGGUUCCAGGCCUGGCGUGACAGCCCCGAAUACCGCGAGGUGCAAGCCGAACUCCAAGCGUUGAAAGACAAUGCUGCCAACGUGGCACCCCCUACCCAGGACGAGCAGUCGUACCGCGAACACGCCGCACCCUUCUGGGCGCAGCUUACCGAGGUCACCCACCGCGUCUUCACGCAAUACUGGCGAACCCCGUCUUACAUCUACUCCAAGGCUAGUCUCUGCAUCCUGGUCGCACUCUUCAUCGGUUUCGUCUUCUUCAACGCGCCCAACACAAUCCAGGGGCUUCAGAAUCAGACCUUUGCCAUCUUCAACAUCUUCACCAUCUUCGGUCAGCUUGUGCAGCAGACCAUGCCGCAUUUCGUCGUCCAGCGAUCGCUCUACGAAGUGCGCGAACGCCCGUCCAAGGUCUACGGCUGGCAGGUGUUCAUGCUCUCGCAGAUCAUUGCCGAGAUCCCGUGGAACUCGCUCAUGGCCGUCUUGAUGUACUUCUGCUGGUACUAUCCCGUUGGACUGUACAGGAACACGUACGAAGACGGCGCGACAACAGAACGUGGCGCCCUGGUCUUCUUGUUACUCCUCGUCUUCCUGAUCUUCACCUGCACAUUUACCCACAUGCUCAUUGCUGCUUUCGAUACAGCCGAUGCUGGUGCGAACGUCGCCAACAUCCUGUUCACUCUCUCUCUGAUCUUCUGUGGUGUACUCGCCAACCCGGACACCCUACCCCGAUUCUGGAUCUUCAUGUACCGAGUCAGUCCAUUCACAUACCUGACAUCGGCCAUAUUAUCAACGGCAGUCGCCAAUACAGCCAUCGAGUGUGCUCCAAACGAGCUGGUGCACUUGAAUCCUCCCAAUGGCACCACCUGUAAGUCGUGGCUGGAUGUGCAAAUUGCGGCCGGGGGCUACCUCGCAGAUGGAACCGGUGACCUAACGUCGGAUUGCGUCUUCUGCCCCUACGACUCGACAAACCAGUACUUGGUCCAAGCCAACGCGGUCUAUGCGGACAGAUGGCGCAACUUCGGAAUCGUGUGGGCGUACGUUAUCUUCAAUAUCUUCGGUGCCCUCUUCCUGUACUGGCUCACGCGUGUACCGAAGGGCAAGAAGGAUAAGAUGACGAAGGAGAAGACAACGACGACAACGGAGGAGAAGUCGGAAAAGAAGACGAUGGUGUAG